AUGGCCCCUGUCUCCGCCGCCACCAAGUAUGAUACCGCCCCUCCGCAGAGCAGGACCUCCAACAGCAGCGGCCACUGGAAUCGACAGCAGAGCUACCGCGCACCCCAGCAUGAUACCACCGAGAGGAAGCAGCUGCUGGCAGCGCCAGUGGUCCCGCCCUCCCAGGAUCGCCGCUUGGUUCAAGUCCCGGCCUUGAAUCCCAUCCACCCGACCUGGCCCGUCGACAGCAAGCUCUCGAAGUCGCAGAAGAGCUACGGCAUAUACCCCAGUCUGACUAGCGACAUCUACAUCUACGAGCGCUCUAUCACGUCGGCGUCGUUCGAGGACGAGUUGGCGAGUUCGCCGUCGUCGGACUCGUCGAGCUCCGACUCGGAUCACUUCGCACGCACCGCCACCUAUGCGUCGGUGGAGGUGUCGUCCACGCGCGCUAGCAGCAGCACAGAGACGUUGGAGAGCACCUUGACUGCCCGCGCGCCCGCAGGUACGCACCCAAAUGCCGUAGCCCCUCUCGCGAUCGCUGCUGCCCCCCGCCCGCCCUCGACGCGCCCCCGCCACGACAGCACCAGCGCCGCACGCCCCGUCAUCCCCCUCACACGCGCACAGAGCCAGCUGCAGCGCUCCAUCUCCGUCUCGCGCGUCGUCCCCCCUAUCCCGCUCGCCUCUGCGCCCCUCGACAACCUCUCGGACAGCAGCGACAGCGAUACCGCCGUAUCUGAUACCCACAUCGACGGUAUGGUCGUCGAUAUGCUCGGUGCCCCGUUAUCUGGCCCUUCGAGCUACGGCUACCCCGGGCGAAACCCGUCGUCGUUCAGGACCAGGAGGGACUCUACUGAUCGUGUGCCCUCGAAUUCUUACAGACGCGACGCUCCUUCUGCUAGUUCUGGGGAUUUGCCCCCGACGCGUUCUGUUGUGCCGCCGCCACACGAGCGAUCCCAGCGCCGCGAGGGCAGUCCACGAGCGGACGACCAGGCGUACCCCCGCGCGCCUCCAGGGCUCACUGGAGGUGCCGGAGGAGGCGUUGCUACGGUGCCCGAUGGCAGCCCCCCUCGCUGGAAUUCCGACCCGUCGCCGUCGUUCUCCUCGAACGGCUCUCCCACCGCGCGAUCAGCGGGAAGUGCACCCGCGUUGGCGCGCACGACGAGCACACGCCCAGGCCCGGCGAUUCCUUUCCCCGGUCCGCAGGCUCCCGCGAGGAGCGCAGUCGCCGUCCCUCCUUCGAUUCCUCCUGCGGCGUCCUCCCCGACGACUGCUUCCCCUCCUCGGCGAGAUACGCGCACGCCGUCUCCGCAAAACACUUCCCCGGCGGGGAGCCCCACUACGCACUCUCCUACGCAAGGAUGCCCCACUUCUGCCAUAGGUCCUGGCGCACUUGUCGUCGCUCCCAAGCGCAACGUCCGCUGGAACGAUAACCUCGUCUGUCCUUCCCCCGUCCCUCUAGAGCAGCGCAGAAAGGGCUGGUUCAACCGCCGAGGCGAUCAGCUCUGGACCAACGACGGGCAAUACAAAGUCCCAGCCCAGGGCCAGGAGUUCCCACCUGACCUUGCUCUCUAUCCCGAACCCAACACCGGCUGGAUGAACGAGGAAGGCGUGCGUAUUGACAUGCAGCACCGACUCAUCCCCAAGCAGCCUCUCCGUCCCGCGCUCAAGCGUCGAACGCUGUGAGCCGUGGGUCGCACGCACGAACCAC